UCAAUGAUAUACAUGUUGGAGAUGACGGUUCCUUCUUUGAAACACAAAGGAUACAAAUGGUCUCAUAAUCUAUAAUCUAACUUCAGAAGGAAACUGUGAAGAGAAAUGGUGGGAUGAAAAGAAGAAAGAAUGGAAUGUAACAUGGAAUAGUCAUCAAAUGGAAUGUGAUGUUUAUGGUGUAUGUGGAACUUUUGCUAGCUGUAAUUCACAAAGCUCACCAAUAUGUAGCUGUUUGAAAGGGUUUGAGCCAAUGAACAAAGAGGAAUGGAAUAGGAAAAAUUGGAUUGGAGGGUGUAUUAGGAGGACACCUUUGCAAAAGUGUGAAAAAAAGAGCAUUAAAAAAAAAAGUACUGAGAGUAAAGCUGAUGAUUUUUUGAAACUACAGAUGGUCAAAGUUCCUGAUUUUGCAGAUGGGUCUUCUCUCUCACUUUCACCAGACACAUGCAGAAGUCAAUGUUUGGGGAAUUGCUCUUGUGUUGCAUAUUCAUAUGAUGCUGACAUUGGUUGUAUGUCUUGGACUGGGAAUCUAGUUGACAUACAACAAUUCUCAUAUGGAGGACUUGACUUGUAUGUCCGUGUAGCCUACACAGAAAUUGGUAAACAUUUUAUGCUGGUUAUUAUUUGUGCAACAAAUAAAGAGGGAAACAAGCCAGUCAUCAUUAUUAUAACAGUGAUAACAGGAACUGUCUUAGUUCUAGUUUGUGCAUAUAUCAUGUGGAGAAGAAUAUCUAACCACCACGUUAAACUCCAAGAGCUAUUACUAUUUAAUUUUGGAAAGCUUGCAACUGCGACCAACAACUUCAAUUCAUCCAACAAACUUGGGCAGGGUGGUUUCGGACCAGUAUACAAGGAGGCACUGUCUAAUGGUCAGGAAAUUGCGGUUAAAAUACUUUCUACAGCAUCUGGACAAGGUCUAAAAGAAUUCACGAAUGAAGUAGUGGUGAUUUCUAAGUUUCUACACCGCAAUCUUGUAAGACUUCUUGGUUGUUGUGUUGAAGGAAAGGAAAAGAUGUUGAUAUAUGAGUACAUGCCAAAUAAAAGUUUGGAUGCAUUUCUCUUUGAUUCAUCGGAAAGUAAAAUCCUUGAUUGGAGUAAACGCUUUAGCAUAAUAGAAAGAAUAGCUCGGGGAUUGCUUUAUCUUCACAGAGAUUCCUGGCUAAAAAUUAUACUUAGAGAUUUGAAGCCAAGUAAUAUCUUGCUAGAUAAUGAGCUUAAUCCAAAAAUAUCAGACUUUGGUACGGCCAGAAUCUUUGGAGGUAGUGAAGAUCAAGAAAAUACUAGAAGCGUCGUCGGAACUUAUGGCUAUAUGUCUACAGAAUACGCAAUGCAAGGACUGUUUUCUGACAAAUCUGAUGUUUUUAGCUUCAGAGUUUUGCUUCUUGAGAUUGUUAGUGGAAGACGAAAUUCAAGCUUCUAUGACUGCGAGGAUUCUUUGACCCUUUUAGGAUUUGUAAGUAUCUUAAAUUAUCUUAUCUAACUAACCCAAUCUUGGAUGUUCUUCAGCUUUCUCAAAUGUUUGAUAUUUGGUUUGUCAAUUUAGGCUUGGAUACAAUGGACAGAAGACAAUAUUUCAUCUUUUGUAGAUCCAAGAAUAUAUGAUCUUAUUCAUCAUGAAUGUAUCUUUAGGUCCAUACACAUAGGGCUUCUGUGUGUACAAGAAUUUUCCAUAGACAGACCCACUAUGUCUGCUGUAAUUUAUAUGCUUAAUAGUGUGAUUGUUGACCUUCCUCCACCAAAGAAACCUGCAUUCAUCUUGAGACAGAAUAUGCUGAGCACAGUGUCGUCUGAAGAAAGCAAUGAUGGCUUGUACUCUAUCAACUUAGCCAGUAUUUCAGAUAUCCAUGGCAGAUAGCUAACUAAGAACACUAUAUUGUCUUUUGGAGAGAAUGAGAAUUAUGUUAGUCUAGGAAAGGUUGCUGGAACUUGGAAAAUUAUAGGUAUACCCGUUUCUUUGUCAAAAAGUAUAUAAUAAGGUUUCAAGUAUUGAAAGUUUUGCUAUUGAGAUGAUUUGUGAGCUUAGAAAACUUUAGAGUUGUUUUAUAUCUUGUAUAUGCCCAUCCACGGUAAUAUUAUCAUCUAUGAAAUAUUAAUAUUACCUUGUUAAUUUCUUACCACAUAGCAUUCCGUUUUGUUAUUUGUUUUAUAAAGAGUUGGUCGUUUAAAACUUUUCUUUAGUAGUGUACAACUAAAUCAUUAAUUCAUUGAAAGUCCACCAUAUAACCACAUGCAUCUUAAGAGUAAGGGACAUUACAAUUAAACUAUACUAAAGCAUAAAUUAUGAUCAUGACGCUAGAACUUCUCUCUAUUGAAGUCCAACACUUUGUGUUAUUGUUCUUUCCCUUCAAAAAUUUAUUAUUCUAUUUAGCAAAUUCGUACGGUAAUGAAUUUUGCACAUCAAAAUAAGUGGAUGUAUUUAAUGUGUACCAUAGAUAUUUUUGGAAAUUAAAAUAUUUUAAUGUUGAUUCAUUUUUAAAAAAAUUCUUUAAUUUUUAUAAUU